AUGCACAGUCACUUACCUUUUAUGUCGGCUCAUUUGUCAACAGUUCUGAAAAUGAAUAUUUUCAUCGAACUACAACUUCCUUUCGAGUCACGUUUCACGCGCCCUCGUCAUGUCGACCGUGAACUGGACCUUUUACCUCCGGGAACUUUCUCGCCGUACAGUACUGAUGAGGAGUGGGAAGAGUUCUACGAGAAAAAGGAACAUUUUGAAAGCCACCACCCGAUGAUGCGUAAACUAUCGUGGAGCUCCUACGGAUGUGAUGAAGAUGUCAAUGAUAAAUGUGUCUCAGGCCCAGUAGGACAUCACCAUUGCGAUUGUGCUGUUGCCCUUGAUUGCGUCAAGGAAUGGGUAUCGGGCUUGAGGUUUACGUUCGCGAGGAGAUGUUACUCUGAAGAAGUGUUACCCACGUGUAGCAAUCGCUCUACUACCACUCAUCAUGAGCCGAUUCGUCCUCAUUCUGCUUUAUCUUGUCUAUCUUUGGAACAAAUACCAAUCUUGGAUGCACCUACUUCAGCUGUUGUGCCAACAAAGUGCGAUCCAGAACAUGGUGAUCUCCGAAGAAAAUCAUCAUCACCGCUAGCACUGCUUUCCGAACCGUGCUCAUCAUCAGAUAAGUGUGCCACAUCGGUCUCAGCUUCUUGGAAACCGGCGAAUUGUUCGUUGCAUUGUGAUUUUUCAUCGCCUACCUUAUGCGAAUUAAGGCGUGAUCGCUACAUGUACCCGAGAGCAUUAUCUGGAUGUCGUCAGCGUGUCUACGCCACCGAAGAACUUAUCGCUGUGGAUCCUCGGCGGCAUCGCCGGCGAGCGAAUUGCGAAUCGGACAUACCAGAGCGGUGGGUUAAGAGAGACGAACAACAUCGUCACGAUUUUUUGAAGCCUGUGCGCUCGUGGUUGGAAGACCGCGCGCAACGUAGCAUCCCAGUGGUAUGGUGCACGAGACCCGAUCGAAGUACAACUCGAUUUUCUCACUCAGAAGGCUUUGAUACGGAUGGAGGUGAACAGGAUUCACAGAUGGUGUCAGUUUUUGCUGGGCAGCGUGAUUGUUCUCUGGAGUAUCCUAUUGCUGUCUAUAAUCCACCACCCACCUGGAAAAUGCUCACUCAAUCGCCAUGUGAUGAACGCAAGAAACAUUCAUCGGACAGGUUGGAGCACUCAUCCGAGCCGUCAGCGUUUCAACCAGUAUUGCAAAGACCGCAACCUAUCAAUCUUAACGCCAUCGAGGUUCAGCUAGAAACGGACGAUGAGUCAGAUAACAAAUUGCCUAGGUGGCCAUUGCUAAAAAAGCUUCGUGAAGCAGAACGUGAGCUGUUAGCAGCCGGUAAUCCACUUGCUAUCGAACGUCAAAAGAUCCGCGAAUACAAUCGUCAGCUCCGCUCUGAGAUACUGCAGGAGCGCGAUGUUCUUGAGGAACAGCUACGUCAUCUGCGUCAGCUCUAUAUGGAAUAUUUCGGUGCUCAACAACUAGUGCAGGCUUCAGGAAUUCAACGGCAGCAACCAAACUGGUGA